AUUUCGGUUCUCUUCCCAAAUACAUGAACAUUGUUCUCGUGAGGGACUUCAGUGUUCUGUUCGUUAUUCCGUUCGAUUUGGGGGGAUCGUAAACGAGAAAACGAUUUCGAUCCUUUUUUUCUUGUGUGUUCGUCGCCAUAUCGUGUAUUACUUCGGCUGAUUGUGAAUAGAAAAUAAUACGAAGGAAAUAUGUCAUCCUUAAGGAUUUUUUGGCUAAUUGUGUUUGUAUGUGUGUGUUUAGUGCAAUUGAUUUCCACACAAUCGGUUGGCCAUCGUUCGCUGGAUGAAGCCCGUUCAGAACGCCAACGUUUAGUGCAAAAAUACAUUAAAACCCUGAAUAAGGAGGAGGGAGCUAUACGCCUUGUGGGCGGAGAUGCGGAAUAUGAAGGUAACAUCGAGGUCCUGCACAACAACAAAUGGGGCUCGGUGUGUGAUGAUGAAUGGGACAUGGUGGAGGGCAGAAUUGUGUGUGAACAACUGGGCUAUGCUGGUGUGAGAAAGGUAACACAUAGCGGUUACUUUGGCCCGGCCAAGAGACGUUUCUGGAUGGACAAUAUUUUCUGUGAAGGCCAUGAAAAGGAGUUGACCCACUGCCAUUUCGAUGGCUGGGGUGUUAAUGACUGUGAACCAAGCGAGGCAGCUGGUGUUAUUUGUGAUGCUCCUGUGGGGCUGGAACCAGAACCUGAGGUGCAACCGGAGUAUUAUGAACCCAAAUAUCGUGUACAUUACACCCAUAAAAUGGAUGUACGCCUAAGGGGUGGCAGACACCACAAAGAGGGACGUGUUGAGGUGCGCAUCAACAACGGCAAAUGGGGUACCAUUUGCUCUGAUGGCUGGGGCCUGCUGGAGGCCAAUGUGGUUUGUCGCCAACUUGGUUUGGGCUAUGCCCGAGAUGCCAUGCAAACGGAUUUCUUUGGUGGUUCCGAUAUUGCUCCCCAUUUGAUUACCGGCACCGAGUGUUAUGGCAACGAGACAUCGUUGAAUGAUUGCCUGCACCAUGACUAUCUGCGCGGGGUAUUGUCGUGUCAUGGUUCAUUGAAUCAUGUGGCCGUCGUGAUAUGUGAUCACCUGGCGCCAGAUCUAGUUAUCGAUUAUUAUGAAAUUGAGCGUACCGCCCAUUUGGAAGAUCGUCCCAUGGCUUUGAUGCAAUGUGCAAUGGAGGAGAACUGUGUGGCCAAUGAGGCUUAUGAAAUACAACGUGAUGACCCGGACUGGCGCUAUGCCACAAGGCGCCUACUCAAGUUUACUGCCAGCGCUUUGAAUACGGGAAAUAUCGAUUUUCGUCCGUUCAAGGAGAAGAAUAUGUGGGAGUGGCAUAUGUGUCAUAUGCACUACCACAGCAUGGAAGUGUUCGCCACAUUUGACAUAUUCGACCACAGUGGCGUUAAAGUGGCCCAGGGCCAUAAGGCCUCCUUCUGUUUGGAGGAUAGCCAAUGUCUGCCUGGCAUACCCAAGAAAUAUAAUUGUGCCAAUUUUGGAGAUCAAGGCAUCUCCGUCAAUUGUUCCGAUGUUUAUCUCUACAAUUUGGACUGUCAGUGGGUUGACAUUACGGAAAUGAACACCGGAUCGUAUACCUUGAAAAUUGCCAUCAACCCGGAAUUCAAGGUAGCCGAAAUGAAUUUUGACAACAAUGCUGCAAUUUGCAACCUGCUUUACACUGACACCUAUGCCCGUGUCGACAACUGUAGAUUAGUUAGACCCUGAGAGGGCCACGGCUGUGAUGGCCCAUCAAGACAAGGCAGAGAUGAUCAUUAUGAACUGAACCAUAAACAAAUUAUGCAAUUAUAAUAUUUUAUGAGAACUUGGACCAACCAUGACUGAAACGGGAACAAAGUGACUUGAUACCAUUCUGCCUGACAUUGAGUGCCUGAGUGAUUAAUUCACAGAUUUAUGGCUGCGAAAAAAAAACAACUUUGAAAAACAACAAAGUAAGAAAAAAAACAACAAUUAAUUCAAACUGUGCCAAAUAAUUUAAAACCAAACUGUACUUAAUUUAAACAAAUAAAAUAAAAACAAAAAAUAUAUAA